UAGUAGUCAAAUAAUCCAGUAAUAAACAACGACGGGUCUGAUUGACAGAGGUUUAAAAAUAUCACAGCAGCUUUAAUCUGUUUGACAAAGUCACCAGAAAAUAUAGCUGUCAGUGCACGUGCAAUGGGUCGUUCCGGCCUCUUUCUCUGACAGCAGUGAGUUCCCAGCCCUUGUGGUUCCUGUCAGCCACCAUCCUAAAAUACAUUAGAAUGCUCAGAGAGAGCUCCAAGGCCUGGAGCAAAGGCUCAGAGGCCUACAGCAGCGAUCCUGAGGAGGACGAGGAGGACGAAGAGGACAUGGUGUUUGGGGAGACUGAUCAGGACGGCGUAGGGGAGGAGAUGAUGGAUCUGAGCGACCUCCCCACCGCGCUCUUUGCAUGCAGCGUCCACGAAACCGCGUUUGAAGAGGACAUGCACAGGCCUUGAAAAAGUCCUGGAGGAUAAGCAGCCAUAAGAAAAUCAUAAAAUCACCAUCACCAAUCAAUAAUAAAAUGUGUAUUUCACUAGA